GUCUUUGGCCGGUCACUCACUGUCAAUCCCAGUCUCGGUCCUUUUCUAUUCAAAAUUCGUUUUCGUUCAUUGAAUAUUGAGUAAUGGUUGUGAGCGCAGCAAGUGUUUUUUAUUUAUUUAGUGGAUAAUUGCAGGUCGCCAUGCACCGCUUGCGCGCGGAGCCGCCGGCGCCGGCGAACGCGCUGGCCGCGGAGAUGUUCGACCACCUCUGCGCCGCCGGCACCAUGAAGCAGAUCCUGGCGCUGCACCGCGAGAUCUGCAACACGCUCAACCUCAAGCCGAAUAGGCUGCCCGACUUCUAUCCGAUAUUGAAGGCGAAGCUGUCCUGCUCUUGGAAGGCGCAGGCGCUGUUCAAGAAGUUCGACGCCCGCGCCAACCACAAGGUGUAUGCCAAGGGGCGGGCCUGCGCCGGCACUCGCGUGCUGAUCAUCGGUGCCGGCCCGUGCGGGCUGCGAGCUGCUAUUGAGUGCCAGCUGCUCGGGGCCAAAGUCGUGGUGGUAGAGAAGCGCGACCGCAUGUCUCGCAACAACGUCCUGCAUCUGUGGCCGUUCGUCAUCCAGGACCUCCGGGCUCUCGGGGCCAAGAAGUUCCUCGGCAAGUUCUGUGCCGGCUCCAUCGACCACAUCAGCAUUAGGCAGCUGCAGUGCAUCUUGAUGAAGGUGUCUCUGCUGCUGGGCGUGGAAAUACACGAGGGAGUCAGCUUCGAGGAGCUGCUCGAGCCCACUGUCACAGAAAAUAAUGAAACGCUCGGCUGGCGAGCCCGCGUCCUACCCGCCGACCACCCGGUGAGCCAGUACCAGUUCGACACGCUGGUGGGGGCGGACGGGCGCCGCAACACACUCGCCGGCUUCAAGCGGAAGGAGUUCAGAGGGAAACUCGCCAUGGCCAUCACCGCCAACUUCAUCAAUAGGCACAGCGAGCAGGAGGCCUCGGUGCCAGAGAUCAGCGGCGUAGCGUUCAUAUUCAACCAGAAGUUCUUCAAGGACCUGUACGAGGAGACCGGCAUAGACCUGGAGAACAUCGUCUACUAUAAGGACGACACACAUUACUUCGUCAUGACGGCCAAGAAACACAGUCUGCUGGAUAAGGGUGUGCUUCUGAAGGACUUCUCCGACGUGUCCCGUCUCCUAGACGUGGACAAUGUGGACCGAGCAGCCCUCAUGCGCUACGCUCAAGAGGCGGCACGAUUCUCCACGGACGGCAGACUGCCGCUCAAGGACUUUGCACUCAAUCAUUACGGCGAGCCUGAUGUCGCGCUGUUUGACUUCACGUCCAUGUAUGCGGCGGAGAACGCUAGCUUGGUGAUCGAGCGCCACAACCACCGCAUUCUCUGCCAGUUAGUCGGCGACAGUCUCCUCGAGCCCUUCUGGCCGACCGGCUCGGGCUGUGCUCGAGGGUUCCUGUCAGCCCUGGACGCGGCGUGGGCUGUACGGGCGUGGGGGCAGUCGCCGCAGCCGCAUCCACUGCACGUCAUAGCCGAGAGAGAGUCCAUCUACAGGCUGCUGGCACAAACCACGCCAGAAAACUUGAACCGCGAUUUCGGAGGCUACACACUCGAGCCGGGCACCCGCUACCGCAACCUGAACCGGGGCGCCGUGACGCCGCACCGCGUCGCCGGCUUCUACGACAGCGACGAGCCGCAGCCUCUCGACGCACCCGACAAGCCCAGGAAGCGACGCCGAGAAGCCGAAGUCCCCGACGAAGUCCUGCUAACCUGGGUGGGCGCUCCGUCGCUGCGACAGGCGGCGGCUUCGGGCGCGCUGUCGGCGCUGCUGCGGCGCUACCGGCCAGACCUGCUGCCGCCCGGCAGCCAGCAGCCGCACGUGUACCACGCGCUGCAACACAACUUCGGCAUAGCCCCUCUCUCUUCGACGGGCUCGCUCCGGGAACCUUCAGAGGCGAAGGUGCGCGCGUACCUCACUCGCAUCUACCACGCGCUGAAGGGGGAGGUGCCGCACGUGCACCACGAGACCGAGCAUGUGUUCGAUCAGAUGAAGCAGAACAUUCAGAAGGAGAAGCACGCCCGGACCGCACCGGACCAGUCUCUCUACAUGUAUGCAACUGCCGUGGAGUCGGACAAAUCCCACUCGAGCUACAGGAAGAAGCGCCGCGGACAGAGGGCGCCACAAGUAAGUAACGAGACCGAGGAGUAUAUACGUAAAAAGAUCGGCAAACUACACCUUGAUGAGAUUUCACAGCUCGCCCGCCUCAUAGACGGCCAUGACGCCGUCGUAGACCUUCACGCUCACAAAGAGAAACAGAAAACAUUACAGAACGAAAUAUUAGCCUUGCUCGAUGAAGAUGAAGCGCCGAGUCCCAAAAUGAUCAGGGAAACUCUAGCUCAGCUCUUGAACGAGCCAACGACUCCGAAAAUCACACAACCGAAAGCAAAAAUUAGCCAACCAGAGCCAAAACCGCGGACCAAACGGCACGUCGAAGAACCCAAGCCACAAGAUUUACAGAAAUUCUUCGCCGAAACCAGCUCCGAACAGAAGCCGGUGAAACAGCAGCGCAAGCUGAAAGGCCUCGACUUGAGUUCUAUGAACUUCCCAGAUUUAUCCGACAUUUUAGACGACAUCGACGUCGAGCCGGCCGUGAAGCCCCAGAGGAAACUGAAGGGACUGGACUUUGACUCGAUGCGAUUCCCUGAUCUCUCCAACCUCUUGGACGAUGUGGAUUUAGACACGGCUGUAGUGCCUUCUCCUGAUAUUUCCAAGAAGAAGGAGUUUAAUCGAUCCGUCUCUACGGACUGCCGGAUAGCCCCGCCAGUAAUGAAAGUACCUUUUGGUCGAUCAAACUCCAUCGGUGCUCCCGAGUCAGUCGCGGGCGCCAGACGCGUCGCGGAAAUAUACGAGUCGAGCAAACGGAGACACUCGCAGAGCCCUAAACCUAAAUCCGUUCUCGGAGCCAGCACCUUCGAAAGGGCUCUAAAAUGGCAAGGAAUGUCCGAAGUGCAGGGCAGGACGCGUAUACCCGUGCCUCGAAUGAAGAGGGAUUCCUUUGGGAAUCUUGACAUGGGUGUGCGCAGACAGAAGGUCUCUGAGCUCAUUCAGGGAGCUAAACCACAACGCAGCACCAGCCCUGACUACGUGCCUCGACGACGGAACUCAGGAGAAGUGGCUUUCAAAGUGCAGCGGCAUUCGGACAUGAUGCAGAAACAUAAGACGAACGACAAGAAGAAGUCUGGAGGCAGAAGGAAAGCGGCUCGAGAGAUCAUGAAGCAACGCUUCGACAAGAGUCUCCAGAUGUUAGCGGCUGAGCCCCGUCUAGACUUCGCGUCGUCAGCUGAUCUGGAGAACGACUACGGGUUGCAACAGUACCGCGCCAGCGCCCCACACUUCGAUGAAAGAGUCAAGAAGCUGGAGAAACAACUGCAGCACUAUGAGGAGGGCCGCAUAGUGGCGGGCGGCGGGCGGAGCGCGGGCGGCGGCGGCGCGAGGGUGGCGCGGCUCGCCGCCGAACUGGCUGGCACCACGCAGCCUAGCCAGGCCAAGUCUACUAAGCCUAAGGACCUGCUCCGCUCGGUCGGCAAGAUAGAGCGAGAGGACUGGAACGUAAAGGAGAUCGAGCGCAAGAUCCUCGAGAACCGGCUCGGCCGGCCCGAGCCCAAGAACGCGGAGAAAGUGCCCAAGUGGGAUCGCGAGCAGUUCCUCGGUCGCCAGCGUCGUCUGAAGGAGGGCGACAACCAAGAGAAGUGGGGGCAGAUCGACGAGACGCUGCACAAGCUCGACCAGAAGCUCAGGGACUCGGGACGACCAGACCACGGCACUAAGAAGGUGGCAAACUUAGCUAAUAAGUUCGUGAAGCAAGUCGAAGAACCAGCCAAAGAAAAGAAAGAGAAGGAGAAAGAAAAAGAACGAGAAGAGACCAAGAAAACCUGGCACGGCAACGCGGCCUCAGGCCCGGCGUGCGCUGCCUGCGGCGCCCGAGUGUUCGCGGCCGAGGGCGUGACGGCGGACGGACGCCGCCUGCACCGCGCGUGCUUCCGCUGCGCGCUGUGCGCCGCCGCGCUGCGCCCCGGAAACUACACAAUGGAGCGCAACGGCACCCGCCUAGUCUGCUUACGACACAGUGGGGCGAACAUCCCAGACUCUGGGCCACCGAAGACCGGCGCGGCUGCCAUGACGCCCGAACGCAUCAGUCUGGAGGCUUCGGACCACUGUGCGAGGGAAAUAGACGAGGACGAGUGGACUGUGAGCAACUUUCUGGCGUCCGAGACUUCUGGCGCUGGCGGGCUUAGUGACGAAGACGAAUCAAGUUCCGACGAGUACACGGACGUGGAAGAGAGCUCGGCGGAAGCGGAAGCGGAGGCGGAGGCGGGGCCGGGCGCGCCGCGGCUGUCGCCCGUGUACCUGUCCGACGACUCGUUCGGCUACGACGACUACUCUGACGACGGCGGCUCCUCCUCCGGCGCAGAAUCCUGCUCCCGUCUCCGCGACGCUCUCGAAGCCAGACGGCGGGAGGUGCCAGCCGAGCCCCGAGCCCCGACCGACAGCAGCGAGGUGGAGUCAGACGACGACAGUUCAUCGAGCAGCAGCGAGGAGGACGUAUCAUCAGGCACGGGGGUGUCCACCGAUAGCGAGUUCGCUUGCGAGGAACCAGCUGAUAGCGCCCCCGCCCCCGCUAUCACCGUCACUGAAGCACCCCCAGUCCCCGCCCCCGGCCACGCCACGCCCCCAAUCCCCGCCCCCGCCACGCCCCCACCCCUUUGCCGAGCAAGAUCUGCCGGCGGGUUAGCAACCAAACGAGCGCUCGAACUCAAAAGAAAAUACCUCCUCGGAGAAGCGUCGCCGCCUGUGGUACGCCGCUCCGAUUCCACCUCGCAACUUGAUACGAAGUUGGAGACGUUCAGGUCCAAUAUAUCGGAGUUCCAGAAGAUGCUCAAUCCGGCCCCGCCCGCGCCUCAACCACGACCUGUUAUAGCCUUCACUCUAGCCGACCGCCCGCCCAUGCCCGAUAUCAUCAGCAAUCUCUGUGAGGAUGCACCAGUAGACUUGUUGACCAAGAUAUCUGAUGUGAACCACGAGCAAGAGCCACAAGAAACGGAGGAUGAGGAUGCGCAGUCGAGCUCGGCAGUGAAGGGCGGAGACAGUGAUUCAUCGUCUGACUCGCCCGCGCCGCCGUCCGUGCCCCGUCUUGAAGUGCACGACGAGGGCGGGGACCUCAUACAGCUGGACAGCCUCGUCAUACUCAGCCAACAACCCGAACAACCAGCGGUAGCUGAACCCCAGCCCGAGUCACCGGUUAAUGCGGCGCCAGAGUCGGAAUGGUCGGAGUCUUGUCGGGAUGUGUCGACGCUAGCACUAACAGAGACAGACCUGUCGGACUGGGCGGCCGAAAGCGCUAUGCUAGAAGACUGCGCGACUUACGACGGUAAAAAGGCAAAGUCAAGAAGCGCACCCAAAACGGUUCACGACGCGAAAAACAUAUCAGCUAUUACGUCCCACGUGUGUGGACGCACGUCCCCUCCGAAGCAACUAGUCGACUACGCGAAUGCGCUAGAACAUUUUCAGUUCGCGGACGAAGAAGAUCAAGACCCGUCGAUAGCGACGCCGCCGACGCCCAAGAACGAGGGCUAUAUGGAGCUGGUGGAUGAUGAUGAGCAUCCGUAUUCACCGGUCAACGACCGAUCCAUGAACUUUAUAGAAAGAAGCUUCUCCGAGACCAUCAUCGCCCCCCACGCCGACACCGCCCGCUUCAGACCCCACGAUGAAAUGGCGAAUAGCACCGAUAGUGAAUCUACGAUCACGAGGCUCGAGCGACCCACUGAGUUGAAAUCUCCGCAGCUUUUAGUCACAAUAGAAAGUUCUGGCAGCGAGAAAUCCAUAGAUAACAGUACAGUGAAUAAUGUUAACGAGAAUAAUAGUACAAGUAAGAUUGAGGAGGGUAAAGAGGUAGUUUCUCAGGCGAGUUCGUCUUUGAAGGAAGCGCAGACGCCAAGCGCAAGCGAACAGAAAAGCGAACAGACGAGCGAACCGGUGGCUGACGCGACGACCGCUGAACCUGUUCGCUCGGCAAGCGAUCACAGCGAGCGCUCCGAGCAAUCGCCGCCAGCCGACCGCAGCGUCCGCUCAAGCGAGCAAUGCAGUCGAUCAACAAGCGACGAGUUCGUCCGUUCGACCAGCGAACCACACACCCGAUCACCACUCAAACACACGUGCAAACUUUCCCAAUCAAGCUCGGCAUCGCCUCCUCUAGCUGCCACGCCGGAUAAGUCGCCGCUGCCGAUGCCCAUAGUGUUCUCUACCCUGAAGUUAUACACGCCGAUAUGUCGCUCGGCGUCUGAGACGUUCAGCCGCAGCCCGAGCCACAGUCUGGAGCUGUCCGUGUCGCUGAAUCUGAGCUCCGGAUCCGUCUCGCCCGAGUGUGCACGUGCCACUACACAUAAGGUGCAAGAGAUCAAGCGCGAGCGCGAAGAGCAGACAGAAGUGGUGCGACUAUUAGUGCUGGAGCGGUUGGGCGGGCGCGGGCGUCGGGGCGGGCGGCCGGCCCGGCAGCGCGCGCCCCCGCUGCCGCCGCCGCCGGUGCCGCCGCCGCCCGCGCUGCCGCCGCCGCCGCUGCCCGUCACGCCCUCCUUCUCAGACCCUGAGCUGGCCAGAGAAACUCGCAAAAAGAACAUUAUAAGAAGCCUCUCCAAUUACCUGAACCGCCGUCUUGGACCCCGGACCAAGUGGGUUUCCGAGCCAGACCUGUCACAAAACCAGGAGCCCCGCCCCGCCUCGUCCAGACCCCCGACGGCGCACAAGUCCUGCGGAGGGCUGGAGCAGGCGCCGCCCGUGCCCCCGCCCCCCGCCAGCUACUACCCCCCGGAGCCGUUGAGGGAACCGCCGCCGCGGCCGUCGGACGCCGUCGAACGAGACGCCAUGCAGCUGUGGUUCGAGGCUCGCUGGGCGCGCCUCAUGUCGCAGCGGCAGGAUGACCGCCGGCUGGCGCGGCUGGAACGCAGGCUGCGGCGACCGCUGUCAGCGGAGCAGCAGGCGGCGGCGGUGGCGGAGCUGGUGCAGGUCUCGGCACAAAGGGAGGCGCACGAGGCACUCAUGUCCGCUGACAGGAGGCGAUGUAUGACGAGCGGCAGUGCCUGCGAGUAGGCCGCGUCCCGGUCUCAACCCUGUAUGGAAAUGCUUCAGAAACUACCAAACACCACGCCAGAGCUUUCGUAAGUGCCCUUCGGAAAUCCGGAACCAAUUUUACUUUCGCCAAAACACAGUCAUCGAGGCAACAGGAAUUGAUUGAUAUAAAUAAUUGUUAACUGGUGAUUUAAACUUAAUAUUGCUGCUAAUAAUAUAUCAUCUAGUCCUUUGGAUUGUAGAGUUGUAAAGGUUGAGAUGAUAUUAGGGUAGGCAGGUUUGUUGUUAAACAUUUUCAAGUAGGCAGUUGUUAUGAUGUUACAUUCCUCAAUAUUAAAAAGGAAUAAUGUUUAAAAUUAAUAAAACAUUCAUUGAACUUAUCCUCUGUUAGCUGCUCCUCUGUACAGAAAUCUAAACGGAUUUAUUUAGGGAAAUUGUUUAAGAUUUUUCGCUGUCGUUUUCAAGUUACAAACGAAUUGUCAGGUGGAUUUGCUUCAAUCCACUCGCGAUGCGAUAGACUGUGUGGUCCCGUGUAGUUAAAAAGGCAAGGUUACAUUGUCACAAAUUAUUUUUAAGUAAUUGCUCCCAGUGCGAUCUGGAAUGUUUUUAAUUUACAACAUAGCGAAUUUUCCGCAAUAUUCUCGGUGUAGGUGCGACUGUCUCAUCUAUAAUAAGCUAAUGAGCGACAUAAACACACUAUUCUGGUUUCAGUGCUGAGUGAGCAUGAUUUAGUGUCUCGUUGGGAACAUUCCAGACUGCGCUCGGACUACAACGGUGUGCUAGUAAUGCCAAAUGUAUUAGUAUAUUGUAUUUAGACGGGCUCCUCCUGCCCAAUGACUUAUUUCGUAGGCUAAAAAUAUACUUAACAAAUCUAAGUUUAAAUGUUUAAAUAUACCUAUUAUGUCUUUUCGCUACUUCAUGUACUCAAGUGCGGGUCAAACUUGCACAUAAGCUUCUUAUGUAAGGUUUACUGACAUUUAUAUUACUAUAAAACAUAUAGUGAACAUUGACUUCUACUGGGUAUCAUUUAGGGUAAGACAAGUAUUAGCCUAAAAUCAUUAUUUUUGUAUGCGAUGAGGAAAGAGGGUUGUAAAGAUUAAAUGAAUUUAAAAGUGAUUGCGGUCUAGCUUUCUGCUAUUUAGUUUUUAUAUACUAUGCGAGUAAAUAGUCUUCUAAAGAUUUCUUACCGAGAGUUGAGGUGAACACUAGAUUUAUCACGCAUUCUGAGGGUAGAUUGUUACGCGUUGACUCUAGUCGUACAUAUAUUUAUGCUACACUUGUAAUAUUUCUUCCCGUACAAACAUGCUAAAUCUAGUAGUUGUUAAUAAUCAUCUUAGUUUGUACAGUAAGUAGGCUAUCGUUCAAAUAUCCGGACACUCUUCUGGUUGCAACUUACAACGAUGAUUCGAUCUGUCGGAGAUACCUUACAGUAUAUUUCAAGGAGUGUUCGCCUGUAAAGACCUGUGAAAUGCCGUCCCAAAUGAAAUAUGUACGACUCAUAUUUAAAUCCCAGUAUUCAUAUAUCUGAUGAUUAUCUGAUAUUAUCUGACAUAGCAGGCCCAGUAUUCAUGAGUAAGUAGACUGUUCCAUCAGUCUCACAGCCCAGUGAGACAAGAGUGGGGUUCUUAUGAAGAAAGUUUGUUAAGCAAACACCUUAAAGGACACCCUCUGGGAAAGCCGAAUGCAAAAAAUAUUGUGUUUUUCUCUGGCUACUAAAGCAAUAAAUUUUGUAUCAAAUAUAUUUUUAUAUCAAAAUUAAACGGGUCCUAUUAGGUUUAGCAAAUAUGUAUGUAGCAAUAAUAAGCUGCCGAGGCCAGCCCGCGCUUACCACAGUAGUGACUGAAGAAUCUUCCAAGUUUAGUGGUUAAAGAUAAAUAAUAUAUAUUUUGUGUUGCUAUGUUUACACGCCCCCCCAAAAUUACACUAAAAUGUAUAUAUAACAUGUAGCUGUAGUAUAGCGUAGCGAUAAAUUGUUGACACAUCUCUUGACCUGCAAAAGUUAAUUCUAUUUCAAUAGACGAAGAGUUAUAGCCACAGUUUAUACGCUUAUGAAUAGAUGUUGUACAAAUCGUUUAUUAGGUACAUUAUGUACAGUAGGUAGUUGACAGAAGUGCACUUUAAUAUCUGGAAUAAUGUUCCUGAAAUUAUUUUUGUAAGAAACUUUUUGUGAGUAAAUAAUGUUUGCCUCAACUCUCGCUAAUAUAUAUAAGUUAGACAACUUUUAUAUUAUAUAUUCUAAUCAGGUGAGGAACCAGACAUCAAAAUAUGGGAUGAGCAAGGAUAAUUAAACUAAAACUAAAGACCAAGUUGGAUUUCGAACUAGCUUAUGAGUCCCGACUCAUUGUGCAUUUCUACAAAGCCUAUUGAACUCCAACUUGCACUUGGCCGAUUUUGAAGUGAUUAGACUUGCUCAUCACCUAUUUUGAGGUCUGGAUCCACUCCUAAAGCCGAUUCAAUGGCACAUGAUAGACAAAAAGAGUAUGUAUGAAUUAUGACUUAUUUACUUGCUUCUAUAUUCUAUACCAUUAUAAUAUAAAAUUUGUGUUAUUGGUAUAUAUUUUCUCUUCGGAGAGACUAGGAAAGUGGUUCUAUGGCGAUUUCGAAAACCCCAAGUUUAUUUCAAUACUUUUUACAUAGAAUCAUAUUUUUGCAUGCACAAGACUAUCAUUUAGAUAAAAUAUACUUACUUCUUAGUUAAAACUUAAGCUAUGAAAUAUUAUAGAAACCGAUCGGUUGUUCAGUAUUUUUGUUUUGUAAUACUCAAUAUUUUUUAUACUUACACGUAAUCAUGUUGAUUUGUAAGCUCUUUACUAUUUUUUUGUUUAAAGGUGUGUUUUUUCUAAAUUACUCUAAGCAUUAACUUAAGUAAGAAUGUAUUAAGACGAGUUCUAUUAUUUUUGUAAAAGGAUAACAAUUUAUAAAAUCUGUUAUAUCGCCUACUUGGCUUCCGGCUAACUAACUUGCAUUAAAGUAAAUAUACUAGUACCUGAGUUAAAAGCAGAUAUCUAGUGAACUAGCCGUGCCAUGAUGCCGCCACGGCACUCAUAGUACAAUACAACAGUCAGUCUGCUCUCAAAUAUAAUAACAUUAACUAUAGCGUAAACGAAGUCGAGGUAUAGCGGCGAGUGAGAAUGCUAUGUUUUAAAUACCUACCUGAAAUAUUUACUUAUAUAACACUAACCAAGUAAUAUGGCACAAGACUUCGUACGAGUUCUUACAUGAACAGUUUGAAUGAUGCUAUCGAAAAGAUUUUUACUUUCAAGAAAAUCCGCAGUAGUAGCCCAUCUUAUAUAAAUGCAGCUGUUACAAUUUGUCUAGUAGUAUUUUGUUAUCUUUAUCAUAAUGAAACAUAUUAUAUCGACUUUAUAGUUAUAAAAAUAAAAGUUAACAUUGUAAGUAGACUGUAGUGUGUCUUAAAUUACACCUCUAGUUUGCGUCGCCACCGUCGCGGCAAACUGCGUCAACAAAUUAUUGUUUAAAGGUUUUUUUAUUAUUUUGUUUUGAUUCUAACAAGUUUAUGUUAUUGAAAGUGUAAACAGCAGUUAUAUUUACGCUGUAUAUUAUUUCGGGAUUAAGUGGUUUUUUUAAGUUUAUAGUUAACAUUUGAGAUUAUAUUUAGAUGCAAUGUGUUACACAAAGCUAUGUACCUCUUUUUGUAUGCGUAAUUCAACCUAGAAGAACUAAUAUAAUAAAUCAUAAAUUGAA